AUGGUGGAAAAUGGAUGCAGCUUAUUAAUAAAAAAUUUGAGCUUCCACACCAGUCCAGAUAAAAUCAGGAAAAUUUUCCAGAGCUUUGGUAAAGUACGAGAUGUCUACCUACCCUUAGAUCAUUACACAAGGAGACCAAGGGGCUUCGGCUUCGUAGAAUAUUAUGAACCCCAGUAUGCAAAAGAAGCAUUGAUUACUUUAAACCAUACGAAGAUAGACGGUAAUGAAGUUAAAAUUAUCAUUGCCCAGAAUAGGAGGAAAUCCCCAGAGACGAUGAAGAUGUACCAACGGAGUGUACAUAAAGGUAGGUACAGGGGGCAUCCUUAUAGGAGUGACAGUAGCGGCAAAAGAAUUCACAGAAAAAGAGAUAAAUCAAAUGAAGAAGGGAGACGAAAAUAUUACCGAAGUAAGAGUCGUAUAACGCAUAAAAUGAGAAAAAAGGAAAAAAGACUGAAAGGGAAAAAAGUGCCUAGCAGAUAUCGGCCCGGUAAAAAGUAUUCCGAGAGCGCUUCCACCUACAGCGCGUCUUCUUCGUACCGUUCGUCCUACAGCAGGGAAAGUAAAUGUGGGAGCAGCCUAAGCCAACAUAGAAGGCGAAGUCGAAAAGGAGAUCGAAGCUGGGAGAGAGGCGCUGUAAGAAGCAGCAGCAGCAGAACGACCAGCUACAGCACCGUCAGCUACGGAAGCGAAAAAGGGAAAAGAAAAAACAGAGGGAAAAACCCAAAACGAGGACAAGGGGAAGGCGAAAAGGAAGGAAGCAAGAAAGACAUAAAGAGGCAGACAAAAGAAACCCUCAGUAGAAACGUUAGCCUGAGUAAGGGCGAAGGAGCAAGCAGAGACGGAGAACCUUGGAAAGAACCUCCUGAAGGCACUGACAAACACAUCCGUAAAGACAUACGAAGGCAAAUCUGUAGGAGCUUCUCUCUCAGCAGAAAGAGCCAGGAAAGAGAUAAAGUUUCGCAGAACUGCGCGCUUAAGAGGGUAAGCUACUCUACCGAGGAGGAAGACCAUCCUGGGGAAGAGACUGAUGACCAUGGAAAGUCACUUAAAUAUGGAGAAAGAGUAGGGACAAUGAAAAGUAAGAAGAAAGGAAAGUUAAGUGAGAAUUCCAGUGAAGACACAAACUUCCACAGGGAGCGAAAGGAAGAAAGUAACUUAAAUGAGGAAGAACCAGAACCGAAUUUUCAGGGAAUCCCAACAAAUGAACAGAGUAAACAACCAUACUUCCUGCACCAUAUGGAAGAGGGAGAAGGAAAAAAAGGAGGAACAAAAAAAAAUGCUAAGUCCGUAAGUCCCAGUACCUCCGGUGAUAUAAACUGCGAAGGGGUAAUACACCAGGACGGAAGAGACAAGACGCAUGCAGAAAGAGAGGCAGCACCUGCAAAGAGGGUACAUCGAGAAGGCAGUAAUAACGGAAGCAGUAGUAAUAAGGACAGUGGCUCCUCGAAAGAGACGGAUGAAGAGGAAAGCUCCUCUCCACAUAUGACAAAAAGAAAACGCAUAUGUCUAUCCACCACUGCAAGUAACACAAAUAGCACACAGAUGGACCAUCUCCCAAAUGGUGAAGUAGAAAAUGGUAACGGAGUACAUAGAAAAAACAAAUCCAGCUCCAGUCCAAUAGGGCAGGAAAAUAAUGUCAACCUGAAGGAAAACUUGGAACUGUGUUACCUCAGCCAAUAUGAUAAUGCAAAGGGGGGAAAAAACUUCGACCCUAGGGAAGAAUGCAUUGGUGGUAAUGAAAAUUCAUCCAGUAGGACUAGCAGCACCUACAGAGGAUGCAGGAAAGAACAAAAGGGAAAAUAUAUAACAAAAAUUAGGAGAAAAAAAAGAAUUAAUGAGAGGCACUCAACUGAUAGGUCCUCCAUAGGGGAUAAGAAAAAGGUUGGUAUCAGACGGAAGGAGGGGGAAAGCGGAAAAACUAAGAAUGGACACAGAAGAAUGAUGAAGGAAGGGCGAGAAAAAAGAGGCAGAGUAACCUUAAGCGUAAGUGAGAGUAGAGAUCGAUCCAACGGUGAAGGAGAAACAGCCGCUGGAGUGAUAGACCACGCUGCAAUUGGGGAGGACGAAAAACGGGAAAGGUUCGCAAAUAGUGCAGUAGAAUCACUUGGACGGGCAAAAAUCACGAUGGAGAGAAGUAACACCCCCUGCUGCAGUAACGGUAGCUAUAGAGGUAGUCCCGUUGGACGGGACACGAAGAGGGGAAACACACAACCUGAAAGUGUGGCAUCACACAGAAGUAGAACUAUCUGUGAUGUUGCGAGCGAACGACCAGAUGGGGAAAAGGGCAUUGCGAAGGGGAAAAAGAGUAUCAGCGGUAACGGCAGCGAUGGCAAAGGGGAUGAUGAAAGGUAUGGCCGCCGCACACGACGGUUAAAACGAUCCGGCAUACCCAGGGACGCAGAGGAGAACCCUCGCGAGAAGCGCAGGCGCAAGGGACAAGAAACCAAAACGGGUAGCGACUCAAUUGAUGAAAGGACACAUACGAAAAGGAAGGAACUGCAAAAGGGGAACAUGAAAAAAAUGUCAAAAAUAAGUAAGUCCAAAAAGGAGAAAUUCACAAAAAAAAGGUGGCCAAAAAAAUCGUAUGACAGUUCGACGUACAGUCAAAGCAGUGGAAGUAGGUCCCUUCUGGAAUCCUCCAUCGGGGGUAGUAGUUCUUACAUCGAGUCUUCUAAGAUGGAAAAAAGUAUGAAUCACUUUUCUGCGAAAGGUUCCAAGGGGAAGGAACACAAACGAGACAUGCGAAGGCGCAGGGAAAGAAGGAUAGAGGGCGACGCGUAUUGUGAUAGCUCCUCCUCCAUCAGCUAUGGGGACUCUCCAGUGGUUCGAAGCAAGCGUUAA